GGAGUAGAAAUUGGGGGCCAGAGCUCACUGGUGACGUCGUCGUCACGUGACCAAGAGCUGCCUAGAGCUGAAGUCCUGCUAGUCGCCUCUGUCUGGGUACCAGCCCCCUAUUACUCUGCAGGCGUGUGAAGGAAGGAGAAAAGUAGCCCGGGACCGUGCAGUCCCCUGUCUGCAGGUUUGUAGCUCUGUUGGCCCGUAGGUCGCUGUAAAAGUCGCGGCGAGGGAAGGAGCAAACUGCCUUGGGACCCUGCAGCUGUCCUUCUGCCAGGCUGUCUGUUCAUCAGUCACCGUGGGAGGAGUUCUGACAACAGAAGACAAGGGAAGAAGAACGAAUUUACCUGACUUUGAUAGAGAUUCAUCAAAAGACAGCUACAGGAGCCUGGGAGAGGCUGAAGACCACUACCCUCCACCAUUACACACCCUGGCCCUAAGAUUCUUCUUAAACAAGUGGAGAAACGCCUUCUCCCAUCCUGCCUCUAGGCUGGCACGGACUUGAGCAUGGGCCGGGCACGGGAAGUGGGUUGGAUGGCUGCAGGACUGAUGAUUGGGGCUGGUGCUUGCUACUGUGUUUACAAACUAACCAUAGGAAGAGAUGACAGUGAGAAAUUGGAGGAGGAGGAAGAGGAAUGGGACUACAAGGAGCUGGAUGAGGAGGAGCCCGAAAUUUGGUUUGAUUUCACAACUAUGGCUCGGCCCUGGAGUGAGGAUGGGGAUUGGACUGAACCUGGGGCCCCCGGUGGCACUGAGGACAGGCCAGCAGGUGGGGGCAAGGCCAACCGAACACACCCAGUAACACAGCGUCCAUUCCCCUAUGAACAUAAAAAUACUUGGAGUGCAGAAAGCUUUAAAAAUGUGAUUUAUGCUUUUGGCUUCUCCAGGUGUCCUUUCAUUCAGGAAAAAAUGUUGUUUGCCCAGCCCAAGGAUGCCGGUUUUUCAUUUAGCCACAAUAUCAAUAGUCAUUUGGCCAGCCUCUCCAUUGUCGGAAACGCGAUCCCCAUCCGUGACCCCGCUGUUAAGAGGAAGGCUUUAUGUGCCCUGGAUAACGUGAAUGCCAGUGUGGAAAAUCAGGGCCAGAUUAAGAUGUACAUCAGCGAAGUGUGUCGGGGGACUGUGUCACAUUGCUGCAACUCAUUUCUGCAGCAGGCCGGAUUAAAUUUGUUAAUAAGCAUGACAGUUAUUAAUAACAUGCUUGCCAAGUCCGUUUCAGACUUGAAGUUGUUUCCUUUGAUAUCAGAGGGAAGUGGCCGUGCUGAGGUUCAGGUUUUGCAACCGUUGAUGGGUUUGUCUGAAAAGCCAGUCUUGGCAGGAGAAUUGCCGGGUGCCCAAAUGCUGCUCUCAUUCAUGUCCCUCUUUAUCAGGAACAGAAACAUACAGGCUCCCCUGGACACCCUGGCCUCCUAAAUGGCCAUCUCGCACAGAAUGGGACUGAGUGUGCCUAAAACUCGUUUGGUGAACACACAACUUGUUUUCUCAUUCAAAGACUCUGCAGUGGGUGCUACAGAAGAUCCAGUCUUAGCCGAUCACCACAUCAUGGGGGGCAAGUUACACUUGCUAAAUCGAGGACCACACUCUUAUUGGCCAGGCAGGGGUUCCCACAGAGCUUUGAGUAACUUCUUGGUUUUGCAGUCUGCGGGCAAUGCACAUUGUAAAUUACUCCCUUCUUCCUGUGGUAAAGGCUCAUUUCAGCUGCCAGCUGUGGAUAAAGAACAUCAUAUUAUAGCAUCACGAAGGAUGCCUUGCCUGUGGUGGUGUCCCUGUCCAAGCUCCAUUUUGUGGAGACUAGACAUGUAUGGGAGCUUGUGCUGAAAAUGCAUUUCUUACUGCAUAGGUUGAAUUCUUUUUCACUUACUCUUCCCUCUACACGAGCUGAUGGAUGGUGACCCUAUUCAUCAAAAAAGUACACUACCCUUCUGUGUGCUGUACUGACAACCUCAUUCACCCAAGUCUACAUUUGUAUGUAUUAUCAAUAAACUUUUGUGCUUUGAUUGGCAAAAACAA